GAAAUGUCUUCCGGUUUCUCCCAGUAUGUCGGGAUGUGGCGGAGGAGCUGAAACAGCGCAGUUAGUGGUGUCCUUUCGGACGACUUGGCCGCUGACAGAAUGAGAUAAGAUGGAUAAAGAGACGGCGGCGGAUUGCUGUGCGGCUGAAGACGAUGAAUGUCCGGACUCGGAGGUUUUUUGUCUGAUGAGAGUCGGGAGAAAUUCAGACUGGCUUCGCUUGUUCGAAAACACAGAGAUCACCAUUGGACGUGGUGUGGAUGUAACUUACCAACUACUGUCUCCAACCUGUCCCCUGAUGAUCUCCAGACUGCACUGCACUUUCAAACAAAGUGAAGACGGCCACUGGACAGUGACAGACAAGAAGAGUCUCAAUGGUGUGUGGGUGAAUGGAACUCGUCUGCCUUCCGAUGAAUCCCAUCAGCUCAGGCUUGGAGACUCCAUACAGCUCGGAGUUCCUGUAAUUGGAAACAAAGCAGAGUUUGACUAUGUCCUCGUCCAGGAGCCCCUCAGAGACAUUAAAUGCUUCCUGGCAAAGAAACUGGUAGAACGAGUAACUUCAAAAUCUGCCCACAUAUCUAAGAAGCCCAAGAGGAAAUUGACCAUGGAAGAAGUGGAGCCAUCUACUUCGAAGCCCAAACUCUACCGCUGCUCUUCUGCAGACAAGUCCUUGGCAGUGCCCUGCCCUUUAUUUCCGCUAAAAGGUCAGCAGCGACUCAGUCACACAAAGCCAGAGGGAACCAGACCUGGCAGAGAUGACCGUCAAGCAGAACGACCUUCAGAUGGCUCCAGCGCUACCCAUGACUUGGACAACUUGCAAAUGUACAGUCAGAACAUUCUGCUCUUAAGGGAGCAGGUGGAUGACACCCAGAGGCAUGUCGCCUCCCUGGAGGGGGAGCCCCGACAGGCUGACCCGCUCAGAGAGGAGCAGGUCAGGGAGCUGCGAGGUCAGCUAGAUACACUCAGAGCUAAAAUGCACAGGAUGGAGACAUUAGAGAAGUCUUUUAGUGAGACUAAAAGGCUGCUAGAGGAGCAGAAAACGCAGCAACAAGAGGAGCUUUUAAAAAAGCAGCUUGAAGAGGCCCUGCAAGAACAAAAGAAAGUGAUAGGUGAACUUGCGCUCUCUCGACAAGGCUUUGAAGAGAUUCUCUUGGCCAAAAACAAGGAGUUGGAGGUGACAAAGGAGGAAAAGGAAAAGGCAAGAGCCCAAAAAGAGGAAGUAGUUACACAAGUGACCGAAGUGCUGGAGAACGAGCUUCAGUGCAUCAUCUGCUCAGAGCUCUUCAUUGAGGCCGUCAUUCUGAACUGCGCUCAUAGCUUCUGCUGUUACUGCAUCAAUCAGUGGCGCAAAAAGAAAGAUGAGUGCCCCAUCUGCCGGCAGGCCAUCCAGUCUCAGACCCGCUGUCUGGCACUAGACAACUGCAUCGACCGUAUGGUGGAAAACCUGAGCCUGGACAUGAAGGCGAGGCGGCAGACCCUCAUCUCUGAGAGGAAAGAUAAGCGAGCUGUUGACCAUGAAGUCAUCAGAUCAGCAGCUGAAUCUGCAGAGGUGAUGGUGAUCCCCGAUGAUGACAGCAGCAGCGACAGCAACAGCAGCAGCGACAGCAACAGCGACAGCAAUAGCAGCAUGGUGUCCAUAGAUAGCAGCCUCAGCUCCGUGUUGUCUGUGGACACGGACAGUAGCAUCCAUUUGGAGUCCAGCUCUCCGUACAGCGGAUACUCUGAUGACAGUUCUGAUGAAGAUGAGGAUUAGCCCCUUUUUCUCCUCUGGGCUGUAAUAUGGAAUUAGACUUUUCUGCUGUUGAGUUUCGCCUUUCCGUGGAAUGUUCCCGGGACAUUUAGGAUAGAGGAUGCAAAGUUUGGUCCAGGGAGGUUUAUGUUUAGUUGUUUUUGUUUUUUUUUGUAAAAUAAUCAUUUGUGUUGUCUUUAUUUUCAACUAAAUGAAUAAAGUUUAUUCAUAUGCA